AUGGGAGGCAAAGCCUUUGCUGCCGCUCAUGCCCCUGAAGGCUACGUCCUGAACAUUCAACCUUUGGACCAGGUGCACUACGAUCAGCUCAAGAAUCUUUACCUCAGCAAGAUCCGAACACAUCUUGGUGAAGCUGUCUUGGUCGAGGUCCUGAAAGAAGCGCCCGAGAAGACAUCCUACGGCGAUAUCGACUAUUUACUGGCUACGGAUGAGAAGGUGAACUUCAUCGACCUGGCUAAUGCAGUUGGUGCCACUGCUGUAGUGAAGAGUGGCCCGUCAGUAUGCUCUUUUGCAGCACGCCAGGACGGCUCGGCAAACGGUCCGGAGCUGGCAGUAUACACGAAGCCUGACAGCCGUCGACCAGAGCCCAAGCAGCUCACUACGAGCGGCGGUGGAAGCGAUGCCACAAGUACAUCUCCACCCUGCGCUCAAAUCGACUUGGAAGUCGUUCCGCUAGUAGCCUUUGCUUGGCGCAGCUUUUUGGCCUCUUAUGGCGGCGUUGGUAUGAUACUGGGUCGUAUCAUCCGUGACGUGGGCUGCUCGGUUCAUGGUGAUGGCCUGUGGCUUCAGCUGCCGGAACUCGAUGAAGCCAAAAAGAUGAAUCUACACAACAUCGCAGACAAGAGUGGCAUGAUCUGGCUUUCCAGCGAUCCUGCCGAAGUCAUGGGCUUCAUGCACAUGCCUGUUGACCGCUAUGAGUUGGGAUUCGACACCCUUCAGGACCUCUAUACAUGGCUAUCCUCCUGCAGACUACUGCUCGGAGGAGCCAUUGUCUUCGCUAAAGCUGACGAGGCUGAGAAUGUUGAGGUCAAGUAUCAAGGCAAGCCCAAGCUUUACAAGAACUUUUUCCGGGAGGGCAUACAUACUGUCCCACGUGGUGGUGAGAUGUAUGAGGGCAUGUCGAUGACAGACGUGCGCCAAUUGCUACUGCUUGAGGCAUUGGAGAAGUUUGGCAAGGCCGCUGAGCAUGAGAAGAAAGCUGGCGUCCUGCGCCGGAAGAUAGCUCACGGGAAAGCUGAAGAUUGGCUCAAGCAAGCGAUCAUGACCGCGACAGGCAAGGAAGGCAAGAAUGCUACCGAAAUCGUGCGGGCUUUCCGACGCUGGGUCGGUGUCACAGAAUCGAAUCAUGAGUUGUACGUCUUGCCUGCGGCGCUGAGUGACGAGACGAGUGAGCUCUACAAGCUCGUGGACAGCGACCAGAACGUCGUGCUAUAUAGGGCAGCGAACGAGGCAUUUGUGGCAAAGCACUGGGAGGACAUUCGUGGGCUGCUGAGGCAGAGUACCAAGUAG